CAUGAGCGGGGACAGCGCCCUCAGCCCGCCCCGCUCCCCCGCCGCCGGCCAUCAGGAGCCCCCCGGGCCCUCCGGCGGCUCCCCGAGCGGCGAGGAGGAGGAGGAGGAGGCGGAGAGGAGGAGGAGGAGGAGCGGGCGGCUCCGGGCCGGAGGAAGGCUGAAGACUCAGAAAUAGCAGAGGGGGCAAAAGAGUCACCUUUGAAAGAUAAUCUUUCACCAUGGGAAGAAUGGUUCAUUGGCAAAGAGAAGGAACUGCGUGCCCGCUUCCAGGCUAGAGCUGAAGAGGAAAUGAAUAAACAGCUUGAGAAGAUGAAGCAAAAGCAAGAACGUGAAAGGAGGAAAAGGAUAGCUGAGGAGAAACACAAGGAAUGGGUCCAAAAAAAGAGAGAAGAGGAAAGAAGAGAAAGGGAACGAAAGCUGAGCAAAGAAAUGGCAGAAAAAGCCACAAGGGAACUCGAAAAAAUGCAUUUACAGGAAAAGGCUGAGGCAAAGUAUAAAGAAUGGCUACAGAAGAAGAGAGCUGACGAGGCAGAAAAGAAGAAAAAAGAAAAGGAAAAAGAAAUAGAACGGGAAGCUGAGCUACAGGAGAAGAAAACGAGAUCGGAGAAAAUCUUUAAGGAAUGGCUACAAAAUGCUAGAAAUAAACCACGCCCUGUUUUAAAUGGUUAUGAUUUCCCACACGGGAAGUCUACAGGGAGUGCUGACAGGAAUUCAUAUCCAGCCCCAGCAUAUUGUAACCCCAUUCCUUGGAAACCGAUACAUGUUCCUCCCCCAAAGGAAGACAGUGUCCUUACCAUGAAGAAGAACAAGAGACCUGUAUCUUGUCAGCCACAUACAUCUUCACCUAUGGUAAUUUCUAAGCCCAAGAACAACCCUGGUAUUGGAUCCUUGUGCAGAAAGAAGUCAUAGUUCAGAAAAAAGUUGUUCUUAUGAUCUGGAGCAGACUGGGCCACAAAUGUGAAAUUCUAAGUAGUCAUAUGUCCAAAGCAGAUGGCUUUGUGCUUUUUUAUCUUCAUUUUUGUGAAUAGGUUUUGUAUUUACAGGUAACUGACCAAUCAGGUUUUUAUGAGUUUUUUUCUAUGUUACAUUUUAGUAAAAAAAAAAAAAAAAAAAGGAAGGAAAAGCAAAAGCCAUCUUUAAUCAGCUGUAAUGGGACUGUACCUUAAUACCAAUAAAAUGCACAGGAUUGUUUCUUCCUUUCCUCUCUUGUUGUUGAAGGUAUUCUUCUGUGUAUAUGUGAUUAUUCUUUUGGGAGAUCACAUUUGGGGUGCUGUGUCCCCCCCGGGCACCCCGGUAAAAGAGUGACAUGGACACUCUGGAGCAAGUUCAGGGAAGGGCCACGAAGAUGAUUAAGGGAUUGGAGCAUCUGACAGACAGAAGCUGAGAGAACUGGGACUGUUCAGCAUGAAGCAGAGAAAGUUCAGCAGUGUCUGAGCAAUGUCUGUAAAUACCUGAUGGGUGGAGACAGAGCAGACCCAUCCCAGUGGUGCCCAGUGAGAGGAGAAGAGGCAGCAAGCACAAAUUAAAGUACAGGAAAUUCCAUUUAAAUAUGACGCAAAAAUUUUUAAAGGGAGACUCAUUAAGUGCUGGAACAGAUUUCCCAGAGAUAUUGUGGAGUUUCCAUCCUUGGAGAUGUUCAGAACCUGACUGGACACAGCCCUGAGAAACCCGCUCUAGUCGGCCUCUGAUUUGAACAAGGGAGUUGGACUAGAUAAUUUCCAGAGGUCCAUUCCAAUCCCAGCAAUUCUGUGAUUAAUGGUGAAAAGGAGAAAGCACAAGGAAAGAAGACUUUUUUUUUCCUGUUAUCAUGGUUGUAUCACUUUAGGAAAUAUCUUGUUCUUCUUUAAAAGUUACACUAUUAAAAAGUAUAUUACGUAUUAUAAAAUUUACGUAGUAAAUAAACCCACUAAGGCACAUUCUGGCAUAUAAGUAUUCUAAUAUACUGAUCCUACUUCUAGUCUUAAUAAUAUUGAUAGAUCAGUUGUUAGUCUCUCCAUCUGAACUUGCUGUGUGGAGAUGUCUCAUCAGAGUCAGAAGUUUGGCAGUGGUGUAAGCUGUGAGAAGCUCAUGAGUGUGUAGGUGAAGGGACAGCAUUUUACUGUAAUGGAGAUGAUUAAUUUUGGAUUGGGGCUGAUUUAGUUGAAGAGUCAUGUGCUGUCAUGUUAAUUUUUUCUCUAAUAGUUUCUCUGAACUAACGUGUAGCCACCAGGAAGGUGUGUUGACAUAAUCACCUGAGUGUUUAUUUGUGACUUUGUAUUUGUUUUAGCAUUUGUUUGCUUGUAGUGAAAUAAAGUGACCUACAUAAAAUGACUUACAAGCCCUAAAAUAGAAGCUUUAAGAUGAGGCCCUUGCUGUAGUCUAUCCACAGCAUUGUAAACACAGUUCUGUCCUAACUAAACUAUAAAAAAGGUUAAGGCAGGAUAGCUCCUGAGUGUGCAUACUGGCUCUGGUUCAAUCCACAUAAUGGUUUUGCAGAAGAAGAGAAAUAGUGUUUGGAUUUUUUCCAACGAGAUAUCAAACAGACAAUGAAAUGGUGUGGCCUUGUGGCAUAGUUUUAGAUUGUGUGCUAUGGAAGGCUAUUAUUUCAUGCUGUUGUGGCAACUAAUUUACACCAUUCUUUCUCAGAUAUUAGAGAGAUAAAAUCUUGACACUUUGUUGCAACUUAAACAGCAUUCAGUUAUUUUGUUAUUAAGGUCUCUCCUGAAUUUCUCUGUGCACAAAAUCUCACAGUCGAUCGAGUUUCAGAGUCUCAAGUUACUCACUGGAACCAAUCCAAGAUCUCGCAUCUUGAUGUCUCUGCUGCUAAAAUAACAGGAGACUUAACAUCAGCUUUUUUUCCAUCCCCAUGUUUUUGCAGAAAAAUCAUUUUAUAAUGACAUAUUAGACAAUUCUCUAACGUUGUAGUUGAGUGAGAUCAGUUUUGGGAAAAUGCAAAGACUUUUCUUUAAUUAUACAGAAUUAAACAUUUUAUUGGGCUGUCUUAUUGACUUGAACAGGGAUUCCAAGUGUUUAGUUCACAGGCAAAUUUGAAUUUACAGAAAAUUGGGAGAGUGGGUCAUUUGGAAAGCGAGAUACUUGAAGUUCUUAAAACCUAUUGAACUGUGUUGUAGGGAGAUGCAUUCAGUUACGUUUCAAUUAUGUUAACGAUAUUGUUACAAAGAACUCAGACUUUGAUUUGUUUUACUGAAGUUAAAACUGAAAUUAUUUCAGUAUUAUUAACACUGAACAACAAUAAGUGCUUAAUCCAGCUCGACAAACAUCAUAGUAAGUGCUUUUGUGUAUAGGUCCUGUGGAAGAUGGGUCUUUGACUUUUCAUUUAAGCAGUGUGAGGUUGUGUGUUUUGGGAUUAAGGCAACAAGUUGUUAAUAAGUAAUCCAGCAAUGCCAAAACGUUAAUAAGUGCUGGAAUGUUUUCACUGUAACUUGAGUCUGACUAAAACAAAACAAAACCAAACCCUACAAGUUUCAUUAUACAAUUCCCCCCCAUACGUGGUUGCACAGGUAGGAAAUCCACAAUAUGUGGGUCCUCUUGGGUAAGGUGUUGAUCAGGGUAAGAAGAAAGCUCUUCUGUUUCCCUUCACAUUGGCACAUCCACCAUUAAAUAACAGUUCCUGAAAGCCAUGUACAAUUUUCCUAACAAAACUGCGAUCAAGUUGCAGAGGAUGGGUCCCAGGAACUCCUGUGUUGUUCUUGCUGAUGCUCUGGUUCAAAGGACUGACACCAGUGGCUUUAUUUCCACCGUUCAGAAGUGAUUUCUUUGUGAUGUUCCAGCCCCUUGCAGCUGACAUCAGCUGUAUGAAACUUCCUUGUUUCCUUGUGCAGACUUCAGCCCCAACCUGAGGUUGAUUUCUUGGGUUUCUUGGUUUCCUUUGGGUUCCAGAUUUUGGUUUUAUUUCAUAUCCAAAUUCCUGUACUUCUCAGGAAGGAAAAGGGAAGGGUAAAACUACCAGCAUUCUUGGUGUAGAUGAAGUGGGAAAUACAGCCCCAAUGAAGUUAGCAAAGAAAGUAUUUUCAUACUGGUUUAGGAAGCCCUGGGAUCCAGAUGCUUCUGAUGUUUUUUUCUCCUGUUCCUUUUUUUUUUUCGUUAACUUGCUUUUCAUGCCAAAGUUAUUAUUGAACUAUGUGCCUAUCAUGUUUCAUGAGAUUCCAGCACAAACAGAUCUUUGAAAAAAAAUCUUCCAACUUUUUUUGUUAUUUCAGGUGGUCUGGGUGUGUUGCUCAUACAUAAAAUUGUUAGGCUUCUUCUAAGACUGCUGCAGAGGUAUAAGAUUUCAGGAUUAAAGUGCUUAAACAGGAGUAGGGACACUAAGCUUCAACUUUAUGCCUUUUAAAACUAUUGAGAAGUGUCGUUGCAACUUACCUUUAAGCCUUUGAUACUUUUAAAGCAUAAUCUUCUUGUAAAGCAGUUCAAAUGUUUGGUACAGGCACUUAAAAUAUUAACCUGCUUCAUGCCUAGUCCAGUUAGAUCAGUGAUUUAUUUUUCAUUUGCUGUCCUUACCAGUAAAUUUAUAGAAUUUGACUUCCCUCAUUCUUUUUGAAAUGGUUGUGUUUUUUCUAGGAUAGUUUACAGGUAAUAAUAAUUCCAAAGCCAUUGGUCUAGAAAAUGAGAUAUGUGAGUUUCAGUCUCUGACCCAUGAACUUUUACUUAGUAAGAGUAAAGUAAACUAAAGCAAAGUAAAAUACUUUUAGCAGAAAGGAUUAAACAGCUCCAGGUAAUGUAUUCUCAUUUAGCUACUAGGUCACUCACCUGAGUACCCAUGUUAAAAGUGAAUGGAAAUCACUAGCUGACUAUUGGGAAAUGAAGUGGUUUGAUUUUUGUUUUUGUCAGAAGUUCUGUGAAAAAUCUCUUGUAAUCGUAUUUCUGGUAAAAAAAACAUAGUUUCGUGUUCAAAGUUCAGUGUUGAAUUAACAAGAUUUUGGGCUUUUGCUCUUUAAGGGCAGUUUUAGCUUGGGUUUGGAUGCAGUUUAAAUGAUAUUUUGGGGGAGGGAUUGAGGUGGGAAAAUGUACUUCCUCUACUGAUGCUAAAACCCUGAUUUUACUUUUCCAAGUGUGUCCCUUAGUGUCUGAGCUGCAGUUAAGGUUUCACUGCAAACAGCUACUUGGCAGGACAUGAAUGUGUGGACGGUGACUCAUUUGUGCACUGUGACUUGUGUUUCCCUGUGUGCUCAACAGAGAGCCUAUCUGGGGAGAGAAACAGGAUUAAUUGGCGCUUUGACUUUGCUUGUAACACAAGUUCUGCAAAGCUGUGCCACUGUUUCCUUUUAAUUUUGCGCCUAUUCAAUCGUAAAUUUUUGUUUCGAAGUCCUCUACAGGAAGGGUUUGCAGUGCAGGCUUUCUAGACCAAAUCACUGGCAAGAAGAAGACACACCUCACGAGCUCAUGAUGCUAUCUACAAAGUGUAUCCAGGAGUUUGUUUGUUUUCUUCUUUCUGCUAAUGCUAUGAAGCAUUUUUUUCAUUCUGUUUUAUCUUUGGACUUUUUCAAGAGUAGACACAUGUAUGAAAUUAUAUUUUUAUUUGCAUAAAGGUUUCAAAUGCCCUCGCACAGUCUUAAUAUAUGUAAUAUGUGUAUUUUUAUAUAUAUGAAAAACAUUUGGCUGAGUUUUAGUGUUGCUUCGGUUUCUUAACACAAAAGGGAAGUAAAAUGAAUAAUCAUGAGGUUUUGAAGCAUGAUCUCAAAAAACAAUCCUUGUCUAGCUGUGUAUAGUUUGUAGAAUUGCACAAUAUGCUCUUUAAUUAACAUUCAGACAAUAUGGAGUGGGUAAAGAAUGCUGCCUUGUGAUGAAAUCAAAGAACUUGAUUUAAAACUCCCAAGUUGUGUAUCUGACUCUUGUUAGAUCAAGGCCAUGCUAAGUAAGUAACUUCUCUCUGCCGAAGCUGUAGCAUGUCUGAAAGCUGCCAGCUUUCAUAAAUCAGCACUUUGGAUUGCCAGGUGGAAAACACACAUAUGAAAUGGGGUGUAGGGAGCUGGGUUACAGUGCAUGGCUGAGUGAUAAGGGAGACUCUCAAUCAUCUGGUUUUUGGUAAUGGCUGGCAUGCAAAGCAGUGCUUUAACUGCACCAGUGGUCCAUUGCUAUCAGAGGCACUGUCUCAGGCAGUUGCAAUUAAAUAUUGUCUAGAAAACAUAUUGUGACAUGUUUUCCAUGGCUUUGUUUUAAUUUUUUUUCUUGCUUUGCUGCCAUAUCACUGUUGCUGAUGAUGAGUUAAAGGCACACUCUGCCAGGCAACUCAAUGCGCUUUGGCAGUUAAAAAAUACAAGUUUAUAAGUUAAAAAAUAUAAUAGAAGCUUACUGGUAGAGCGUAAACCAAACUCAAACAAUGUCUGGAACUAACAUUAAAAGUCAGAAGUGCUCGCCCUUUCAAAAAUAAAUCCCAAAAACCCUUGGCAGCAAAGGACAUUGUAACCAAUUGUAAUGUCCAAUACCACACAAAUAAAUACCGUGUACAGAGAGAGCAGUUAUUACUUUGUAAAAGUUUUUCCUCCCCCCUGUUAUAAAAGAUGGUAACUUUUCUGCACUGUAAGUCCAACCUAAAUCCCCUUGGUAGUUUUUUUAGGGGAAUCAAAAACCACGAGGCAGAAAAGCAGCAGCGGCUCAGCCAAUCCAGUGUGGAACCUUGACUCACUGCAGCUGGAGGCACAGUUUAGAACCCAGCUUUCUGGAAAGACCAGUUCUCCCUGCUGCUGGAGAAGGGAGGGGAAGGUUGAAAGUCUGUGUCAUGGAUUUCAAAUGCAGCUGGAUUUGCAGGCUCAAGAAUUGGUUGCAGCACUGUGUACUUUGAAGAGUGGUUUUAAGGGCUGUUCUUCCCCUCAGGUGUCGAAGUGGGUGAAUUUUGAGAAAUGUGAGAAUUGCUCAUCAGUUUAAAUCAGAUAAGCCUUUCCUAAAAUUUCUCUCAAAUAGCUGGAGACAAAGGAAAAACGAAAGCUCCUUGUGUUCACUUUCAUCUCACCUAACUUCAGAUCCCUACCUUGUAAACUGGCCCCACUAUGUUGUUUUGUAUCAGUGAGUAUGUACUGGCAUGCUCAGGGUGCAGCGAUGGCCUUUGAGAAAGGCAAAUUAAACUCUGAAAGUGUGUGUUUCUUUCCAUUGUACACAACUACUCUCUCGAAGGGUAUCUACCUCACAGGGGGCUGCUGCUUCAUCAGGUUUGUCCUGUCUGUGCCUUUUCAGUCCACAGCUUUUGCAGCAUGAGCUGUGUCUUGAGUUAAACUGUGUCUGUUAUUAGUCACUGUCACAGCUUUAUUUUGAGACUUGUAUUUGGUAUUUUCUUUAUUAAAGUCUCGAAUUGAAUGUCACUUCCAUUAAAAAUAAACAAAACCUCAAAAUGCUAUGAAAAUAGAGAAAGCUUAGUGUUGUGAUUUGUAAACUAUCGUUCCAGUAAUUUACUGAGGGUCAGCUCGUGCUUUUUGCACUUUUUGGUGAGAAAGACUAAAGUUCAAUGCAAACUAAGUUUCUAUUUGUUUGGGUUCCAGUUCCCCCCCAGGCAUAAGUUGCCCUUGUUGGUCAGAUUUUAGCUGUUAGUGUGUCUCAUAGCUAACUUAAUUCACGGUCAGAUGGAGAAAACCAAGAGGUGGGUCCUAGAAGUAAACAGACAAAAUCUGUCUGCAUGGUUGUGUAGGUUUUGGGUAGGAC